CCAACAGAGCGGACUAGCUAGAAUACGCGGGGUGCGCGUAAUGAAUCUACGCAUCAUCCGCCUUGAUACGAGCUCGCCAGACCCGAGACAAUCAAUGACGACGACAGAAGACGACGACGACGAGGGAUUCGGGGAAUUCACGUUCGCGCCAAUCACCGUCCAUUCAAAUCCCAAAAACCAACGGUUCCUAUCUUCAAGAUAAAAUUGAUGACGAUUAGGGCGCAGCCUGACUUGGUCCCGAGUCGGAAUCGGGUUCAGUGGGAGAAAACCAAGGGCGCGUUGCCGUUAUCGUUGUUUGGAGAGGAAGAGAAGGAGGAUGAAUCAAGUGAGCCGGGUUUGUUAUUUAAUGGUGCAACCCAGUUGAAAAAAACUGAGAAAAAGGUGGGAUCGGAGUUAAAUAUGAGCGAUCUGAUUUCGAAUUUAUAUGCUGGGAGCGAGCCGAGCAAGGUGGUAAGUGGUACGGGUUUGAAUUUGGACUCAAAUGGAUUGGGUUUGAAGAGAAGUGCAUCGAAUUUGGAUUCAAACUGUUCGGGUUUAAAAUUGGAAAAUUGGGAUUCUUAUGGGUUGAAAUCGGAAUCAAAGGGGUUGGAUUUGAAGAGAAGUGUGUCGAAUUUCGAAAUAAACGGGUCGAGUUUAAAAUUGGAGGAUUGGGGUUCUUAUGGGUUGAAUUUGGAUUCAAAAGGGUCGGACUUGAAGGGAAGUGUAUCAAAUUUGGGUUUGAAUGGAAUGGAUUCGAAGAUUAAUUUGGAUUCAAAUGGAUUUAAUCCAGUUUUAGACGAGGAUGAUGAUGGGUGCGAAUUUAAGGCUGUAGAGACUAAAUUACCAAACGGAGAUUUUAAUUUUAAGGGCAACAACAAAGGGACUGGGAAUUCUGAGGGAGCUCAGCAGGCAUUUGUCUUUGAAAAUGGGGCACAGGUUCCUACUGGUUUGUUUGCUUCAUCAAAUGGGAUGACUCUAAAAUCUGGUGAAUUGGACUUUGGUUUUGAUUUCAGCAAAAGUUCUCUGACAUCAGUUGGUAUUAAUUGUUUGUUCACAAACAGUGAGCAGAAGAAUGAUAGUGGGGUGCAGGUUCCUACCAAUUUAUUUGCUGCAUCAAAUGGCAUCUCUCAAAAAACUGGUCAAUUUGACUUUGGUUUUGGUUUCAGCAAAAGUUCUGUGGCACCAGAUGGUAUUUCCAGUUCAUUGUCAAAAAGCUAGCAGAAGAAUGAUAAUGAAAAUGGACUAGAUUCUACAUCUGUUAUUGGCAAUGUUGAGAAAGGAGAAACCUUCUGGGAAUUCAAGGAUGCUUUUUCAGAAACUGGAUCAAAUGAUACGGGAAAAGACACUAAGUCACAGCGCUAUAGGGGAGGCUUACCUCUGUCCAUUUUUGGGGAUGGUGAACUAGAGAAUGAUGACUCCUCAGUUCAUCAAGAUGUUUCUAAUUACAAUCUUGCUUCCUCCAGGACAGAUGACAUUAAGAAGAGUCAGGGGUUGAGUGUAUCUAUCAGUGAUCUCAUAACAAGUUUGUACAAUCAAGCUGAGCGGAAAGCUCCUGUUAACCAUUCACAAAAGCCAAGUGAAAAUGGUCUUGAUUCUUUAAUUAAAGCUGUGGAUUCUAAUUUAGUAGAUGGUGAUGGUGAUUUGGAUGAUGAUUCCUGGGAAUUUAAAGAUGCUGUUUCCAGGACAGUAGAUGAACAGAUCUCAGUUCCUGGUCUUGAAGAUCCACAUGUGAAACACUCUACCAAGGUGUAGCCAAAAAAAUUGAUUGAGCAGAAAGAUUAUGCUGAUUUUUAUUCCAAACUAGAGGAUGAAUUAUGGUUUGUUGCACAGUGCCAUCUUGACAAUCUAAAGGUUGUAAGAUUUGUUCGAAAGCACAAAGUACUGCUGCUCUUAGUGGUGAAGAUGGAUCUGUAUAAUGAAUUGCACCAAGAUGGUAUUAUUUCCAUGGUUCACUCAGAGAAUCAACCAUUGACCAAUAUUCACCUUAAUGAAUUCAUUGAAGUUCUCCAGGAACCGAAGUUCCAUGUGCUUGAGGCAGAAUAUCAAUUAUCAAUGAGGCUGCUACUCGCAGAGAAAGAUUGGAGGUCGGCAAUUGAACUCCUAAAACAUGUGGCAUCAACAUCAAAGGUUCUAAAGUUGGGAUCGUGGGAGGAGCAGUCUUCUUUUUUUUUCCACUUGGUUCAAAAUGGUGUCUGUUUGUGCGCAAGAGCUGAGACAUGGUGCCUUGGUUUGGAAAGAGUCUUUAGAAAAGAAUGUCUCCAGUCAAUUAUUUUUUGACCCUCGAGGUGCUGAUUAUUUAACGAUAUUAGUAGUUGUUUCUUGAAUAUAUAAUUUUUCUAUGGUGGUGUGGUUAAUGUUAUAUUAUGGGUAAGUACCUGCAAGCAGUAGAUACUUGCACUUGGAGAGAUUUACAGGGUUGUUGAAGUUCUCGGAUCCUCAGCCAAAAUUUUGCAAGCCAUUCAUGCUAUUAAGUUCUACAAAUCCCACUAACAUGUUCACUCUUCUAAGCGAGUGUUUUACCUUACGGUCAAGUUCAGGACUUGAAGAGGCUGUCAGAAGUAUUUCUGAUCCAACAGGUUUUGAGUAUAAUGUAACUCCCAAGGAAUUACUAGAAUCCAUCAAGUAUAUUCAUGAUCUUGAUGCACUUGCACUUCAUAACCAUGUUUUCUCUGGACAAGAGCCUACCUAUCGGCUAACUCUCCUAAGUUCUGGAGCAGUGCCAGAUAUGAAAAUGGUGGUAUGGAAUGGUGAGCACUAUUUCCUACCUCUUGCAAACUUGUGGGCAAGUCUUGAAACAACUAAUCCUCCAAACUUACUGCGCCUGCAUGUUCGCUAAUAAGGAUACCAGUGGAAGUUGAAAAUUUCUAUUGAGAAAUUCUGCAGCCUAAGUUGUCAGUUGAAUCCCAGUCGGAUAAUAAAGCUUCUGGGGCAUCAAUUGCAGAUAAAGGGACUGUGUCUGGUAGAAAAAGCUGCAGUUCAAGUUUCUGGGAACCCAGCGAACACAGUGCCCGAUUGAUCAAACAAAUUUUCAGAUUCCAUAUUGCAUUACUUAAAAUUGAUUGCCAUUCUUUUAGUGGAAGCUGUAGCAUAGCAAUUCAGUGUAGAAAAAAGUUGUAUUACUUAUUUAUUUAUAUGUGAUUGGGUGGAUCAAGAGAAGAAACACCCAUAAAGGAAGGGGAAAAAAAUAGAAAUUUUGUGAAAAAAACAGAUGAGAAUAUCAUUCUAACUUCUUUGUAAUGGUGACUGGUGAGUUACAGAGUCAUAUCUCAUAAAAUAAUAAUAAUAAGUUGGUUGAUUUUUGGUUGUCAAAA